AUGGCUUCGGACAGAAUCCAUCUUACACCGCCUAUCAUCGACAAAAAUGGUGUAACAAAGUGGAGGGAACGCAACAGAACAGUCAACUGCACCUUUAGUCCACGCGCCAACAGUCUCGCCGUCUACCAAAGCGCCAACAUUCUCCCGCAACCGAUCGGUACACCAGCCAGUGGAAAGCAGGAGACCAAAAUCUACUUUGCGCAAUGGGACGCUGUGCCCUCUACGCGCAGAAAGUUCAUCACGGAUACGUCGAUUGUCUACGACGCCCUUCGUCGAGGCCUGAACCUACUCAGAGCAAAGGAUGCCAGACCUGUUGAUCCCCAGUUCUUGAUGCAGACUCACUUUGAGAGUUGCAAAUUGUAUCUCGACAUUAUACGCAAGACGCUCAAAACCUACGACGCGCGACUCGAAAAGCGUCCUGAAGACGAAGAACUGCUGCACGACAAGGAUCUUCUGGAAGUCAUUCAUCUUCCUCCCUUUCACGGCUUCCUCGCAGCUGUCGUUGGCCGCGAACUCAUGCAUUGGCUCAACGAAAACUACGUCACUCCUACGGGAGAGGAUGGUAUGGGUCUACUCGAGCUCGAGGAGCCGUGGUUGCAUCCCACGUUUUGGAACUUCAUCAAGACGUGUACAAUCCGCUUAAUCUUCCGACCGGUCACCCAUUUCCUCAAGCGGAUGGCUUCUGCUCAUACCAAUCCAGCCACCAGAGAAAUGGCAGAUCUCAUCGUCACGACCCUGGAUCAAAUGCCCAGUUCCGAGGAUUACGAGCAAGAGUCAGACUACUUUGACUCGCUGCGUGCCUGGAAGACGGGCCACCAUCGCUUGACGAGAGCAAGGGAGAGGCAUGCAAAGUCAUUAUACGAAGGCAAAGCAGAGAUGGAGGAUAUAACCAACCUUAUAACCGGCAAGACUGGGACGCUCGUGAGGAUGUGUACCGAAUGCGGAAUGUCCUGGCGUGAAGCGAUUUGCGUAUUUGGCAUUUGGGUCCAUCCUCGCAUGACAAGACAUGAUCUCCCCUCGAUCGCUUCAGAAGUCAUCGAGGAAAUGCCAGUCGACCCCACAGAUCCGGAAGAGCUGUUACAGGCUGCUCUAUUCCAAAAGGAUAUUGUCAAAGCAGCCAGCCAUGCCAACGAUGUUGAUAUAUGGCUGGUGGCGCACAUGAUGGACAUUCUUGAAUCGCUGUCUCUCCCCGAAGCUUCGGUGGUCAGCCGGCUACAAAAGUAUUACAUUAUUACAUACGCAGAGCAACUCAUGUCCGACCCGUCCAUGUGGCGAAUCGCAAUAGCAUAUCUCUCGUACUGUGGCAUUCGUGGAAUGGGGGUUGCCAACGAAUUACUCUUGCGUCUUCCUUUUAGGAUCGCCAAUAUCGACUUGCCCGCAAACCACAAGUAUCCUGACUCGCUGACAGUGUUCGUUGGCAAGCAAACGCUACCAAUGGCCGAGCUUGACGACAUCCUCGAAACCUGUCGACGCCACGGUUUGAAGCAAGCCGAGGAAACGAUUGUGCGGGUUGUUGCGCAAAAAUUGUCUGCGUUGCGAUUGUAUGGUAAAGCCAUCGAAUACUUGGCGCGAACGCUCGACGUACGGGCGCUCAUGAAAGUGCUCCAGCUGCUUUCCAACGAAUAUCUCGUUCACGGUGCCCAUGACUUUGUACUACUGGUGGACCAAAUCCCAAGCAGAUAUCUGUAUCCAUCUGGCCAGGAGAGCCCUGAUUUCCUGAGGUUUACAGACCACUUGCACUUCGUCAUCACAUAUGCAGAGUAUCACCACGAUCUCUCGCGUGGUAUCCGCAGCCCAUCUCUUGCGACAAGUCUCGCAUUAUUACUCGACCCGAGUCGAGUUGACGCCCCAAAGGAAUGGUGGGGCCUACUUCUAGUCGACAUAGGAGAUUUGCUUGUCGACGACACAUUAAUGUCGGUUCCAGCCGAUGAUAUGAACAUUAUUCUCGCACGGCUCGAAGAAGUAUAUACAAAGUCGCGAUUAGGUGGAGGUGGCGAGUACUUAGGUGCUUUGAUGAAGCGCUACGAAAUGAAGUCUGUCACCGAGGCGCUCCAGAGACUAGAGAGUGUGCGGUUUAUACUCGUUCACUCUGCCGCCAGGUCCAUGUUAUCCGAGGUCGGCGGUAAAGGACGACUAUGGGGCGGGAACCAGACUCCAGACGCAGAUUGA